AUGGCUACAUAUGUUUCUAAUUUUCUUGUUCUUCCCGAUGAGAUUCUACUAGAAAUAUAUAAAUAUUUAUUGAAUCUCCAUGUACUCUAUUCAUUUUAUGGAUUAAAUAAACGUCUUAAUACAUGCAUAAUAGGUUAUUGUCGUCAUAUAUCGUUAGCUGAUGUUACAUGUUAUCAAUCUCAUUAUCUUUGUCGUUCAAUAUUACCAGAAAUAGGUUCUCAAAUACGUUCAUUAUUAAUAAGUAAUUGUCGAUCUGUAUUACAGGGUAAAAUAUUUUCACAAUAUUUUUCACAUCAAAUGUCUAAAAUAUUUCCUCAUCUUCAAAAAUUAAUACUUAUUUGUUUUACUGCUGAUGAAUUAAAUAUAUUUCUUGAUACACUAAAUAAUCUUAGUAAUCUUGAUCAAAUUGAAAUUUCUGAUCUUCUUACUGAUCAACCAAAUUUAUUUAAACAUGUUGUCGAAACAAAUAAUAAUCGUUUUACUUCAAUAAAAUUUAAAACAAGUUAUUCAGAUUUACCAACAUGUCCAUGUUUAAAUGUUUCCGAUCUAACUAUAUCAAUACAAACACUUGAAAAAUUACCGGAUUUUCUAUCAAUUAUUCCAAAUAUUCGUCGAUUAAAUGUAACUGUUGAUGAAAUUAGUAUGAUGGAAGCAAAGUUUGAUAAUCCUUCACCUUUAAUUUUUCUUAAGUAUUUUUUUCUUCGUUGUUAUAAUCAUUUUUGGUUAUUAGAAGAACUCAAAUCACUAUUUGAGAAAAUACCUACUGUAGAAUGUUUAUCAUUACAAUUAUCUUCACAAGAUAAUUAUUUUGUUAAUAGUGAACAAAAAAUUUUUAAUAUUCUACCACAAACAAUUCGAGAAUUUAAUUUUUCACUUCGUUAUUUCUAUGAUACAAUCGAAGAAAUUGAUCAAAAUGCUUUAAUAACAUCUCGUUUUCCAAUGAUUUGUUUAAUUGAUGAAAAUUUACAACAAGCAGUUUUACAUACAAUUCCAUAUAAAUUUCCUUUAUUUAAUAUUUCAUCUCCUAUGGCGAAGAAAAUGUCUACUUUCGAAAAUUAUAAAAAUGUCGACAUGUUUUAUGAUUAUCAUGGAAUGACUUUAGCUGACACAUUUCCAAUUAUUGCUCGUUGUCACCGAAUAAAAGAAAUUGCAAUUCAAUUAUAUGAAAAAAAUGAUGAACCACCAUCAGUUCAACAACCACUUAUAUCACUUCCAUAUUUAUAUUAUUUAAAACGUAUUUGGUUAUUACAUUCAUCAAGAGAAUACAAUUCAUUAAAAUUACUUCUUCAAAUUGCACCAAAUCUAUCUGAAUUAUUUAUUGCAUUUGAUAAUCUUCUUCCAAUAUUCGAUGAUAAAGAUACAUGUCAACUUUUAGGAAAACAUAUUAUUCAUUUACUUAUACUUCGUUCAACUGUAACAGCACCAACACAAUUAACUGAACAAUAUAUACCUUAUUUAGUAAAAAUAUUUACACAUCUCCGUCAUUUACAAGUUGAUGUCACUAAUGGAAUAUCAAUAGAAACGAUUACACUUUCAAUAAUUAAUGCAUUUAAAGAAAAACCACAAUUAAUAUCACUUGUUGUCGAAGGACAAUCAUUAUGUAAUGAAUUAAAAUUAAAUGCUCGAAAAUGGUUAAUUGAUAAUACUCAUUUAACAAUCGAUAAAAUAUUUGAUACUGAAUUUAAAGAACAAACAAAUCGAUUUUUAUUAUGGAUGUAA